ACUACUUCCGUAUCCGUUUGCAUUGAGGAGCAGCGAUGUCGGAGAAAUGACGAUUUACCGGUUAUUUGAUAAAUUAAAGUUAUAAAAUCGUUUUAAUAGAAAUGGUAAUAGUGUAUAUAAGUUUUUCCUACAUUCUAUGGUUUAAAAAUAUUAUUAUUAUGUUGACAUUUGCAAAAGGCUCUUUUGAGACUGAAUCAAAGACUGAAAAAUUUAACAUCUCCCUCAUAUAACACUAAUAAUAAUUCGCUUUAAAAGUUAUUUAGUAUCGUCAUAUAGUUUUCAAUCUCUUUGCUGCAAUUUGUAAGUUAAGCAAUAUAAAAUUUGGGUGAGACUGCCCACUUAUUAUCUCAGAAAAGUUUCUUUACUUUUCCGAAAUAUAAAACUUUGGAACUUUCUGUUGUUAUCAAAGACGGAUAAAACUAAUUUAAUUCCCGAUGCCUAACGAAUGAUAUAUCCUACAGAGCCUAAAAACAGAUCAAUCCGAAAUGGAAGAGUCUAUGGAUGAUGUUAUAGCUCCGUAUGUUGGACCUCAAAAUGCAAUGAGCGGCUGUGGUCAGACUGUUUCUCUUGCAAAUCUGCUAGAUCUUAUUUUACAGAGAACGUACAAUCAAGUGAUUGUUCUGAGUGAAAUAUUACCUCGCAAGUCUGACAUAGAUCGAAAGGUGGACAUCAUAGAAUUUGCUUCUCGUUCAAGAAAUGUCUUCAUUCGUCUUCUAGCAUUAGUUAAAUGGGCAAAUAGCGCAUCUAAAGUGGAAAAAUGUGGUGCUAUUAUGCAGUUUCUCAAUCAACAAUCGAAUUUUUUUGUUGAUAGUGCAGAUAAUUUAGCGAGGAUGGCCCGUGAAUCGCUAGUGAAUGCUCGUUUGCCCUCUUUUGCAUUACCAAUUGCCAUCGAUGUUCUGACUACAGGAACAUAUAAAAGAAUGCCAACAUGUAUAAGGGAUCAAAUCAUACCUGCAGACCCUAUUUCAGCUGAAGAAAAGCAGAAAACGCUUAAACAGUUAUCUUAUAUAAUAGAACAGCGUCUAGUUACUGAAAAUUUACCUUCGUACAUGCGUCAAAUAACGUUUGACGAAGGAACUGUUACAUUUACCGUGAAUAAUGAAUUUAGAAUAACAUUAACUUUAUUGGGAAACUCUCCAACUAUUCCGUGGAAGGUUGUAAAACUAGAAAUGCUAGUUGAGGAUCCCAAUAUAGGAGCUUGUCGAUCUUUAGUGCAUCCUUUACAAGUAAAUUACCUUAAGGAAGUUGUUCAAUCAAGGCUCAUAGAUUGUCAAAAUCCAUUUCAUGAUUUGUACGACACGCUGCAUAGCUUCUGUCAGAGUCUGCAACUCGAAGUUUUGUUUUCACAAGCGCAGCGUCUUACUCAUGAUAGAUGGAUAAACUAUGUUCAUAUCGAGCAGUACUUGAUAGGGCAGAAAUUAACACUAGUAUACUGGUGCGCGAGAAUCAAAAAUAGUCAAACUCAGACAAACCUACAAUAUAAAUUGAUUGUCCAUGUUAAUGAAAAUUUAAAAGCGAAACCGCUGGUAAUAAGCCACUUGCCUGAACUGGUCGGUUCGGAAUCUAUAAUGGUUCCUACAAUGUUAAACAGCUGUAAUUUAUCAAUUGAUGAUAUGUUGACUCAUGUUAUAAACGUCAGAUCAAUCGCAAAAUUGAAUGAAUUAUCAAGGGAACUCUGCCUCUUAUUGAAAGAUCCAUGUGAAUUGACAAAGUUACCCGUUAUUUUACGGGUCCCUAUCGUCAAAGAUUGCAUUGGUGGAAAUCAUUUAUUUAUAGGAGUUGAGGUAAAAACAAUUGUAAAAAAUUACAAAACUGCCUUAAUAAUCCCUCAAAGCCUGGACUUGGCGAAAUUCUUAUUGAUAUUAGCUUCGAAAGCCGAUAGAACAGAAUACUUCUUGAAAAUUGAUACUAUAACGAAUGUUGACGAUUUUUCUGUGAAACAUUUAAAAAAUCGUUUAUCCUCCCGAAAGGAUCGAAAGCGGAGAGCAAUUAAUCCAGAAGUUUCAAUGUAUUUUGAUACAGAAUUUGCAGAUAUUUUAUCAGUUGUGCAGGACAAGCUGAUGUUUACACUACUGAGUGACGAGCUACGAAAGUGUGAUGUUCAACAUAGUGGUCCUACAAUUGAUGAAACUGGCAUAAAUUAUUCGCUCAAUAUUAACAAGUUCUCAAGUCUACCAAACAUCGAUAAAGAAAGCUUAGCAGCAUUUCACAAUGGUUUCACAAAAUGUAAAAUUUUUAUUUUCCAAAAGUCACUGGCUAAAUGGUCUGUUGAGUUGUCAUUCGAUAAAAAUUUUCUAAGUGAUGUUUGUAUUGGGGGGAGCGGUGAUACAGCUUCUUUACACUUUGUAUACAAUUUGAAUGAUCCUGUUGAGAAAACCGUCGAAAGAUUAUUAAAAGAAAUAUCAAGCCUGGUCUUAUUAUAUGGACCGGCAAGGAAGUUAAACUAUGCCUUUAGACAAUCAACAAUACUUCAACGAUCUAUAAGCAUUGACAACUAUAAUUUCAAGAAAUUACAAAUUGCCUAUGGACCUACAAGGAGCUAUAUUGUUUGUUUUCAGUGUAAGAGUGAUGGUACGCUUCAAAUUAAAUUUGGGUGCAAAGGAUCUUCUGGCGGUCCAAAUCCUCACGUACUUGCUGCCAUACACUUUCAAAAAAUAGUAAACGAUACUGUUGAUUUGGUGGAAAUAGUCCAACUUUUACUAGAUACCUGUAAAAUGUACACUUUGCUAGGAAAAGUUAAUUCCUUCCUUCACUUGACAGCAGCAAAUGUUAAGCCUUCAAUCUUAUUUAGUUCUAUUGUUCAAACUGUAAAUCGUGUCCAUUUGAUAUAUAAAUCUAUAUUUGUGCUGGAGCUUAUAGCAGCACCGAAAGAACAAGGAAUUUAUGUUAAGGAUGCUACACUUCACCACAGAUUAUCUCCUUCAUUUCACAAUAUUCCAUUCUUGUCGAAUUUCCUUCGCAGGAUCAGUGAUGAUAGUUGUCAACCAGCUCAAAGCAACGAUGGACUAUUUGAAAUGAUGACUGACGACUACGGUAUGCAACCUAUGGGAUUUAAUGAACCUGAAAAGCCCUCGAAUGAUGGAAUAACUAAUUUGUUGUCAUAUCAGGCAUUAAACAAACUGUUGACUGCUGGACCGCCGGCUGGAAAUAAUGUUUCCAUUAUUGACUGCUCACCCCUUGAAAGAUUUUUGGCCUGUUUGGAUCAACGGAUAAAAUUUAAAAAGGUACUCAUGGAUAAAGCUCAACUAGGAUUUUUAACUCCAUUGCAAAGUCAGGACAAUAUGAGUUUACUAUUCCAAAACGAAUCAUUAACUUAUAAAGUAUAUUUAGAAGAUAAUCACAUGCAGUUUUUGCGAUUUGAAAUUUUAUCAUCGGCACUGGAUAUGGAAGAAAACUCUAUUUUAACGAAAUUCUAUGACACAAAAAUUGCAUCCCCUCCUUAUAACACGAAUGCCAUUACUUCUUUCAUGUCGCUGCUCUGCGCUCCCGUCCAAAUACUUAAGGAUUUUAUACAAUUAAUUAAAUUUGAGUUUUACCCAGAGUCGCAGUUUCCAUUUAGAAUCAAACUCUUAUUAACUUUUCCCGUGGCUGACGCUCCACUGAACAGCCCUCCAGGUGUAUCAACAUUUAUUUUCUGGAAGGAUCGUCUGAAGUGUAUGUUUAUGCUGGAAUUUAUCCCCGAGCCUGAAGAUGUCAGGAACAAUAUACAAUUUGUACUCGCUUUCGUUUAUGAGGUACAAACAAGAAAACUAAAUCUUCUGCCAAUCGAUUUGAGAAACAAACCUCAAAAUACUAUUCGACCCGAAAUACAAACCAUUUAUGAUCAAGUUAGAGGACAUUUAGAACGAAUAAAUAUGAUGCCUCCAACAUCCGGAAAUAGUGGCCUCCUAAUCAGUUACAUUAAAGAUAUUAUACUUAAUAUUAAUCUUACCACGGCAUUUUAG